AAAAAAAAACCCAGAGGCCUAGUUCGGGUAGUUCUCCGUUGGUCCGCCGGCAUCCCAAUGCCUCCCUCCGUCCGGUCGUCCCUGGCCGCCGGGUUUCUUCUCCGUCGCCGGCUAUGCGCGUGAGGAGGGAGGAGGAGCCGCAGCGCGUGGAUCCAGGGGCAGCAGCGUCCAUCCCGCGUGAGAAGGGAGAAGGAGCCGUCUUAGAGCAAGCCUCUCAACAUGUCGUGGGCCGCAGUCGAGAAUGAUCCUGGUGUUUUUACAGAAAUGUUGCAGCAGAUGCAACUGAAGGGUCUUCAAGUUGAUGAACUCUACUCACUUGACCUGGAUGCUCUCAAUGAUCUUCAGCCAAUAUAUGGGCUAAUAGUACUAUACAAAUGGCGACCUUCAGAAAAGGAUGAGCGUCCUGUCAUCAAGGAUGCAAUCCAAAACCUUUUCUUUGCCAACCAGAUAAUUAACAAUGCAUGUGCAACCCAAGCUAUCCUUUCGGUUCUCUUGAACUCUCCUGGCAUCACCCUUAGUGAUGAACUUAAAAAGCUGAAGGAAUUUGCAAAGGAUUUGCCACCUGAGCUCAAAGGAUUGGCUAUAGUCAAUUGUGCAAGCAUUCGCAUGCUAAACAACUCGUUUGCAAGGUCAGAGGUUUCUGAGGAGCAGAAACCACCUAGCAAGGAUGAUGAUGUCUACCAUUUCAUAAGCUAUGUUCCAGUGGAUGGCGUCCUGUAUGAGCUUGAUGGGUUAAAGGAAGGACCAAUAAGCCUGGGAAAAUGCCCAGGUGGUGUUGGUGAUACAGGGUGGCUUGAGCUAGCGCAGCCUGUGAUUAAAGAGCACAUUGACCUGUUCUCUCAGAAUGAGAUAAGAUUCAGUGUGAUGGCAAUCUUAAAGAACCGGAAGGAGAUGUACACGGUGGAGCUCAAAGACCUCCAGAGGAAGAGGGAGAGUCUCUUGCAACAGAUGGGCGAUCCUUCUGCGAUUAGGCAUGUGCCAUCUGUUGAGCUGUCACUGGCAGAGGUAGCAGCUCAGAUUGAGUCUGUGACGGAGAAGAUCAUAAUGGAGGAAGAGAAGAUGAAGAAGUGGAAGAUGGAGAACUUGAGGAGAAAGCAUAACUACGCACCGUUCCUGUUCAAUUUCCUCAAGAUUCUUGAGGAGAAGCAGCAGUUGAAGCCCCUGAUAGAGAAGGCAAAGGCGAAGCAGAAGUCUCACGGCCCCAGUCCUAGGUGAAAGCUGCAAUACACCUACUGUCUCUUUUAGUUGGGGAUUCCUUGUAGAGAUUGGCCCUGUGUCCCUUGUUUUCUUGGCCAGUGUUUGAAACUUAUGCUUACCCUUAGUUUUAGGUAGCGCACAAAUGUCUGCUGUUACAUAUUCAGGUGAAUGAACCUUGACAUGGCGAGGUCCCCGUGGACUGUAUGCAGUCAUACUGUAUGAAACCCAUGCAUGGUUCACCCAGUUAUUUUCCUGGCAAACUAAAUGGUGUCGUUUGCUGACACAUGUCAAGCCUUGUUUGUUUCUGAAACGUAGAGGAUGACACAAUCA